CCUAAAAAAUUAAUGGGUGAAUUCAGUCCCGCCGUCCAGCGCUAGCAUAUCCGGCAUCACCUACGACCUAAUCGAGUGAUCAAUUCCAUCGUUUUCGUUCGAGUGAAUUCAUUAAUCCAGCGAAUUCAUCCUUUUCGUUCAUCAAUCGUUCGGCCAGAUUCGUCGUUGAUCAACAGCUUCUUCUCAAUCGUUCGGCCAGAUUCAUCGUUCAUCUUAGGGAUCGUUUGGCCCCCUUCAUUGAAUUCAGCACUACUUGGAUCAAGGAAUCUAUUGGAAGGAAGUAAUCAGGCUCUUGAGCAAAUUUCAGCAAACCUGUCAACCUAUAAGGUAGCUACGAAAACUGAAUCCAACAAGAACGCGAGCAAUGCAUCGACUCAAGAAAGAGCUACAGAAAAACAAAACAUUUCCCUGCAAAAAAGAAUGGAUGGUAUAGUUCAAGGUCAGGUAUGGACUACAUUGUUUUCUUCAAUGAAGCUGACAGUGGACUUGUGUUAACAGCCCAUAUUAGAGGCAUCAAUGGGCCUGUUGGCACCUAUGUUCAUGUCGGUACAACGGGUACUGGAAAUUGGUAUAGUUAUAGAGAGACAAAGAUUUACGAAGCGAAGAAGGUGAUUGAUGAUUUGAUGUACAAGUUUGGAAUUACAGAAAAGAAAUCAGAUGAUGUUAACAUUAUGAUUAGGAGAAUCACGGAGGACGAAUACGGUCAAGGGAGGUGGUUUUCUGUGCUAAUCGGCGCUUGCUCUUACAUUGUCAUGAGGAUGGAUUCAAAGGUCUUGCCGAUGGAAGAGGCCGCGAAUACGGUAGGGUGUGAUGUUUUCGAAAUGGGUAGAAUGGUCAACCGCGUUGUCGACUUUCUCGAUCUGGAAUUGCCAGAGCUGAGCAUUGUCAACUGGUUCGAAAAGGCAAUCAUAAACAGUUCGAGGAGGCCAAUGCCCGUUGUUGCAGCCGUGCUAGUGUUCGUCGCUGAGCUGAAUGGAAUCACAGUUCGGCUUGGUGAUGUGGCAAAUGAGUUACACGUGGCGCUCAAGACUUGUAAGUUGAGGCAUAAAGAACUUCUUGAGAGGCUUGUUCAGGUUGCCCAAGCCACAUUGCCGUGGGGAAAGGAUGUUAACAUGAAGAACAUAAUGAGAAAUGCUCCGUCCGUGAUUCAAUAUCUCGAGUUGAAGUCAAUGUCAAACCAGAAUGGAAAAUGUGGAGAGAAUUGUGAUUUGAGUUUCUUGGUUGAUGACUGCCUAACCGAGGAAAAUUUGUACGGGUACGACAAACAUGAACCCGAGAAAGAUUCCCAGUAUUUCCAAGCUAACAAAGUUGACAUUCCUGAAAGAUUCCCACUUUCUGCAGAAUCGUUCUCCAGGAUUUAUUCAGAAGCGAAGAAUGUGAUGUCUGUGGCUAAGGCAGGCCCCACCGCGAGUACACGGAGAAGGACGAGAGAGGAAUACGACAGUUUUACGUUGACGGGCUGGUGGAGCGGCGAAUCGGACCUGAGUAAAGAGCUUCUUCUGAAGCAAAUAUUGGAAAAGAACUUGGGGAUAAAUGCCAUGCCUCCUUCAUUUGACAAUGGCUGUUUGGUGACUGAGAGGAGAAGAGCAAAGAUAAAGCCUAUGUCUCGUCUCUGCUUUGCUUUUUGGUGCUAUUGUGUGGGUGUAGUGGCGUGUGUUAGCAAUGUAACUGUAAGGUCAUAUCCCGGGGUUGGGACAGGGGUAGGAGGGUCGCAGAGGGGUAGUGUAGUGUCCCAUGUGCGUUUCGGCUCAUGGAACAUAGGGACCCUCACAGGUUCAGCUAGGGGAAGGAAUGGGGUCGGUAUUCUGGUGGCGCCAGAGCUGCGAGAGUAUGUGGUGGAGGUGAAGAGGAUUAGUGAUCGUCUGAUGUUUAUCAAGUUGGUUUUGGGUGGGUGUGCGAUCAAUGUCGUGAGUGCUUACGUCCCGCAGGUUGGCUUGGCUGACGAAGUAAAGAGGGAGUUUUGGGAUGCCUUGGAUGGGGUGGUUGUUGGUUUCCCACUGACUGAGAAAGUCAUCAUUGGAGGCGACUUCAAUGGCCAUAUUGGAGAAUUGAAUGAGGGCUUCGAGGACGUGCACGGUGGCUUUGGCUUUGGCAGCAGGAACCCAGCGGGAGUUUCACUCUUGGAGUUUGCCCGGGUGAGUGAUAUGGUGGUUGCUAACUCGUGUUUCCCUAAACGUGACGACCAUUUGGCUACAUUUGUUAGUGGAGUGGGGACGACACAGAUCGACUAUCUUCUCCUGCGCAGGUGUGAUCGGGUGCUCUGCAAGGAUGCUAAAGUAAUUCCGAGGGAAAACAUCACCACCCUACACAAGCUUCUGGUGAUGGAUGUCAGGAUCAGGCGAGUGCAGGAGAAAGGGGCGUGGGAAUCGGCCGGAGAGGCUGCUGAUAUGUGGACACAGACUGCUAACUGCAUCAGGGAAGCUGCCAGGGAAGUGCUUGGUGUGAGCUCUGGCUCAGGGAGUAGGCGGCAAGGUGAUUGGUGGUGGAGCGAUUCAGUCCAGAGUAAGGUGGAAGCUAAGAAGGUGGCAUAUGUGAGGUACAUGGGCUGCAAUGUUGAGGAAGAAAGAGCGGCGUUACGAGUGGAGUACAAGAAGGCACGUAAAGAAGCUAAGUUAGAGGUUACAAGGGCAAAGAAUGCCGCUUUUGAACGCCUCUACAAGGAUAUUGAGGAGAAAGGCGGUGUUAAUACACUGUUCCGGCUUGCUAAAGUGCGUGAGAGGAAGGCCCAAGAUCUGGACCACGUGCGUUGCGUGAAGGACAGUGAUGGUAGAGUGUUAGUUGAGACUGCCAAGGUGGCUAAGCGCUGGGGGGAGUACUUUUGUGAACUCUUAAAUGCGGGAGGAGAGCAGAGGCUAGUUCUUGAUGAGCUAGGGCAAUCCGGGGCGUCUCGUGUAUAUUGUCGGCGCAUUUGCCUGGAAGAGGUGGUUCGGGCUCUCCGCGGGAUGCGUAGUGGGAGAGCUUUGGGACCAGAUGAGAUUCCGGUGGAGUUCUGGAAGCAUGCGGGUCGUGGUGCGUGGGUUUGGUUAACCAAACUCUUCAAUGUUAUCUUCCGGACAGCAAGGAUGUCAGAUGAGUGGAGGGAGAGUCUCUUGGUCCCCCUGUUUAAAGGCAAAGGUGACAUCCAGAGCUGCGAGAAUUUCAGAGGCAUCAAACUGCUUAGCCACACCAUGAAGGUUUGGGAGCGAGUCAUUGAGUAUAGGGUGCGGAAAGGGGUAUGCAUCUCUGAGAACCAGUUUGGUUUCAUGCCUGGCAGAUCAACUACAGAGGCCAUUCACCUCGUGAGGAGGUUAAUGGAAGAGUAUAGGGCUAGGAAGAAGGACCUUCAUAUGGUGUUCAUUGAUCUCGAGAAGGCGUAUGAUAGGGUGCCAAGGGAGGUCUUAUGGAGGUGCCUUGAGACGAGAGGAGUUCCCAUCGCGUACACUCGCGCGAUCAAGGAUAUGUACGAUGGGGCUAUGACUAGGGUUGAGCCGGGGGUCUCUUGGAAACAGCCUCCCUGCUUCCAAGUAGGGGCAAGGUCUGCGUACACACACCCUCCCCAGACCCUACUGUAGUGGGAUCCAACUGGGUUGUUGUUGUUGAUAAUUAGGCAAAGCAUACCCGUACUUCUGGAUUACAGCCAAAAAAAAUUUCAACUUUACAGGCAUUGUUUUGUUUAACUGAUCAUUAUGACUUUUGUAAUACAUAAUAAAUUAUUAUACAGUCAUAUGUGAAUAGAUGAAGUUUUACUUGUUCUCAACAUCUCUUAUGCAUUUAAGCAUGUACUCCAUUUCAUACUUUUCUUUAAGCAUAUUUGACUUUUCUUGAUCAAACUUCUACUAUAAAAUGUAACAACAUUAUAGUUUUAAAAAUCGUUUUACGGAGCAUUAAAGGGCUCGGUGAUCCUGGGGCUGUCAAGAAUUAGAUGAAGUAGUUAAAAGGGCCAAGUCGACCCAUAAUCCAUUACGCAACUCCAAGCCAACACAAGGGUGUAGAAUUCAGAAUUGGCAGCCCAAUUCAGCGCUGCAUCCAGAAAUCCUAGCGGAUAAACGCUCCCCAGAGUCCAAAUGAAGCCAAAGGUCUAGAGUACUUCGUUCUAAUCUGCAGCGACGAAGCACUGAGGACUCCUACAUACUUCGAUUUUACCUGUGCGAGUACGUAGAAGACUUGGACUCAGCUUUUGAGUCCUAAUUCAAGAAGGGAAGUGUUACUCUUGUUUUUAAUGUUACAGUAGAGUUUUGAUUUUCUUUUGAACACUCUUUUGCCUAGGGAUAAGUUUGGUUGGUUGAAUUAAAUAGUUUGCCUUUUA